AUUCAUUUUCACACUAUUAUUACAUUACUAAUACUGUAAAUAAAUAAAUAAAACUAAAUAAAAAGCGUAAACAACUCAAAUAAGCUGUAGUAGUAGUACGCUUUAAAAAAUUUCAUUAUUAUAAAGAAAAGAAAAGAAAACAGAAAAACUCAGAAUGGGUAAGAGGAAGAACGCGGCAAAUUCAGACGGCGGCGCCGCCAUGCCGCUUUCACUUCCGUCGCUCCUCCGAACCCUAAUAUCUUCCCUAUUCACCACUGCCUCUGAAAAUUCCUCCUUCUUACCCCCUCUUAGCUUCAAACUACUCCAAACCCUUCGUUUCAUAAUCCUCACUUUUUACCUUUUUCUCCUUCGUUUCAUUCCUUCUAUUUUCUUCAUCGACAAUUACGAAGACGCCGUUAAAUUCAACAACCAUAAGUCUCAUAAUAAUAAAUACUCACACGAUACACGAAACCACACCGCAAUAGGACGCGCUCUUUCUCAGCUUCUCUCCGCGUUAAAUGAUAUUCCGGUUAGUUCUAGAAAAUACGAAGUCGUUCGAUCGUUAACGGAGAAGAUUAUCGACGAUAAUCAUCUCGACGGCGUUCAUUCGUUGCGUGAGGUUAAUCGAGUUGCCUUAUCCGGAGCUUUUGGGAGGGCGUUGAGGCAGCUGGAAGGGAAGGUGGUGGAGAGAGAAGGAGAGGUUGAAGGGGAAGGUGAUAGAGAUGGAAGACAGUACUAUAUGGUUAUGAAGCGUAGGAUAUGGUGGAUGGUGAGGUUGGUGAGAUGGAGGGUGAGAGGAGGAGAGGGAGGUUUGGAUGGUGUUCCGGCGGAGAAGCUGGCGGCGGAGUUGGUUUGGAUGGUUAAGAAGAUGGUGGAUUGUGGUUGUUCCGAUGAAGCGAUUAGGCGGUGGGCGGCCGCCUCUAAUUUGGGAUAUCUGGCUCUUUCUGCUGACCCUCGUUUACAGACUUCAUUUGUCAAACUUACUGCAUUCUUAUUCAAAGAAGCCAAAGACUAUGGCGUAGAUGAAAUUGACGAAAGCAAGAUGAAGCAAUGCAUGCAGGUAAAGUUAAAGAUGUUACAGACAUGGCUUCCACUGUUGUGCAAGGCUAGUAAUGGCGCCGACGCCCCAUCAUUGAGCAUCAAUGAGAGGGCUGAGUUAGAGAGGGUGUUGGAAGGCAUUAUAGAGGAGUUAGAACAAGAGAAGCAAGAACAGGUUCUUUCUCUUUGGCUCCACCAUUUUACACAUUGCUCAUCCUCUGACUGGCCAAACCUCCAUUCAUGUUAUGCCCGUUGGUGCUGUAAAUCUCGCAAGCAGUUGUUGCUUUCGAAUGAAAUUUGAUAUAUUUAUACACUUCGCUUUUGAUGUAGAACGAGUUAAAGUUAUCCUACUUCAGCUCUGGUAGUUUUCAAAAGUUUUAUGCCACUUAAUUGUCUUGAUUAUUAUUAUUAUGGGAAUAGAUAGAGAAUAUGUAGAUAUUAAUUGUAUCAUGAAACCGUUACAUCACUGAAAAUAUCUGUAAUGUCAGUUUAAUAUGGUUGAUAUGCUUCUUA